CCAGUCCUUCCGCGGGUUCCACAUUUCACGGAAGUUGUGCUUUUUAUGAGUGGAACAACGCUCUCUUGCCAAAAAAAGCCCUUCUCCUCUUCUCGUCGUGUAGCUUUCGACGCUUCGCAUGCUUAAGAUGGAAAGAAAGGGUUUAUGUGGGAAUGCAGCGUAAUAUUAGUCGCUACACUCGGCAAGAAUACAUUUGUUUUCAAUAUGGCGGGAAGACAAGUUGAUGCAAGCGAGAGUGCGGCGCUCUCCUUGUUGACAAACUCGUCCGACGACAGCUUCGCGUUCGCCAACUUAUCAGAAGACUUUGUAACGGUGCUAGCAGACUCGGGGCCAUUCAUGGGGAUUGUUUUAUCUUACUGGGACAACAUCCUUGGACCGAGAUUACGGCAUGUUUGGAGGGGGGGAGGGGAGGAGAAGAAUCAAGAAAAUUGUGUGAAGUAUGUUGUGUCACGUACUCUCAACGGAGAACUGUUGCGUGACGCACCCGAAAAUGUUGUUGACACUAAACUGUUUGUAAUCAAAGAGAAGGGAAUUGUUUGUCAUUCAUUUAUAUUUACUGGACGAGAUUCAAGCGGGAGUAAUAUUUCAGCCCUUUCGCUGAUGCUUCCUCAUAUAGAUAUGGCAGGGUACUUGCCUCUAGUGGAACUUGUUGAAGACAGAGUCAAGAUUUUGAUUGCAAAGUUGAGGGUCCUUCAAACCAAGGAUCUAAAUAGCUCUCUUGGCAAUUUCUCCAUGGUGCUUCCAAGGUUUAUCCAGACACUUAUCUCCCUUCAGCACUCAAGUCUUCCAAAGGAUAUACCAAUAAAUAAUACUGUAUUUAGUGCAGACCAUAAUGUGGUGUUUGACCCAGUGUUUCUAAGACGGGUGAUCACUUCCCAUCUACAAACGUUUGGAAGCACAAUGGUGAUCGGUCAAUCAAUAAGCAGAGUCAAUCUGAUGAUCAACUCCCUAGCUCUUUUCCUUUCUUCAAAUGAACGUCAGAAAUCCCGCUAUGCAGUUGAUGGUGCUGAUACGGAUGUCUAUGAUACAGACUUGUAUUUACAGGGAGUGAUAAAGGAUGGAGAUGGAAACUUCACCCUCCCUGUGAAGGGAGUCAUAACAAGCAUUUACCCCACCACCCUAGUAGAUGUAGACACUUGUGACGUGAAAAAGACCUACCCAUACCACGAACAUAGUGUCAUCCGCAAGGAGUUCCUUGAUUUGGAGCUAGCACUGAUGUGGGAGGGACAUGAAGGGGCACCUGUCUACCCCUCAAUAGGUCUAUUUCACCCUGCAGAGGAUAUUGGACUUUUGGUGCAAACAUUUAUAAAUGAUAUGAACGUGUUGCCGUUUGCUCCAGAUGUGCGAGCAGGUUUCGUGGAAACCUUCCGUCGCUUGUUAGUACGCAAGGCUUUGGCACUGAUCAAAUACGUCGAAGCUAGAUCUAAAAGAGGGAGAAUCGCUCUUGAGUAUGCCGCUAAGAGGCAGUUACGGCACGAUCUUCAACUGAACACCGAGGCUGACUUCGGCAUUGUCUUGGCAUGCGCAGAGAAGCAUAAACCAGGACUCUACACCUUUCUCAUGGGCGACCCCCGACACGCGGUCGCACGUGUCCAGACCAUCCUCGAAUCUCUAUAGCAACGGACACUGCACGUCACACCGAAACGCUAGGGUCUGAUGUGUGCUACCUCUAGAGGCGGAAUUACUUCUACUUGUCCUUUCGUUGCUGCCGCGCCCAUUAUCAGAACACCACCCGCAAUACCAUCCCACCAUAUGAUACAACAUGCGCCGUAGUUCCUUGAUAAACGUCCUGUUCCUGAGUGCAUACAGCACCGGGUUCAGACAGCUAUUCACCGUCAAACAUAUCAGACAGAACGAGGAGGUUAGUACCUCGGCUACGACUCGGGACAUGACCUGGUGGCGACUGAGGACGGACCAGGCAAGCGAGAUCAUGAUUGGUAGGAGGAAGAAGAACAUGUUGCUCAUGACGAGCACGAAGAUUCUCUUGGCGAGUGCCACAUCUGUCUUGCUGCCAAUUCGAUUGCUCGAUCGCUUGACGUACAGGUACAGGCGGAUGUACAAUGGGAAGGUUACGAUGUACAUGGUGGCAGCGAUAAGGGUGACUACCACGCUGUACCAGAACUGAUGAGGUAUGGAACGCACGGGGUAGAUCGGAAUACAGAAGGUACCAAUGGAAUACAUGCCUAUACCGGCUAGAGGAAGGAACGCUGCUGCAAACGACCACACCCAGCACACAAAUAUCGAGAUUCGCGCAGUCUUCAUCUUCAUCUUGGAUUUGACUUUGACGGAGUUUACGACUGAGCGGUAUCUCUCGUAGGUCAGUACUAGGGAGCAGCUUACCGAUAUAGCCUGUCCGAGCAUCCACAAGGGACCGAUGUAGUCGCAUUUCGUGUCGGCGAACUUACGAGUACCGGCGUAGUCAUAGAUAUGAUGAACCACCGCCACCGCAAUAGCGUGAAUGCCAUUCAGUAAAUCACCGAACGCGAGGUUUGACACGAGAACCAUGGCGAUGUUCCUACGAAGUCUUCUCGAGCAAGCCGUCGUGACGACCACCACGAGAUUGAGCACUAAUGCUACUGGACCAAACACGUACUCCAGCGUCAACACUUUUGUGUUGACAUCUCUACACGGCGAGUCAGCCCUCACUUUGACCUCCGCAGCAAAGCAUUCCGAACCUUCCACUAAGCAACUUGGGUAAAAUCCUUCUUUGGCGAAGCGCUUGACUUGCGCGCUGUACGUAUGUAUCCGUGCACGGCAGGCGUACCCAGGGACCCAUUCUAGGUCCUCUAGAGUAAGUAGGCGGUCCAGCUGGGUUUGAUUGACGUUUCGGGUCAGUUCGCAGUCGCUGCAUUGUCCCCAGCUCACGCCCCGAAUGGUUGAUAGACUACGCAUGCGUAACACGUCACUGCUUGGAAUCCAGUCAUUACCAGACAUGUCCAGGGACUCCAAGGAUUUAAGAUGUUUUGGGAUUGCUGUGGAGUCCCAUGACUCGAAGUCGUUAUGACUGAGUGAUCUGGGGAUACAAAAAAUGUUUUUCGCUCAGACCUUUGCGCAGUAAUCUAACCCCCCUAGCAUCAGAAAACCGAUAUCGCCAUGUAACAAAUUUAGAAAAUAAAGACACUUACAAAUUGCGAAGACUUGUAAGACCUUGGAAUGCGUUCUCAUCAAUUGCUAUUAUUUCGUUAUUGGAGAGAAUGCUGUAAAAAUUAAAUUGCAUGGUAAGGGUAAAAGGUAGAACUAAAUGAAAUAGGAAAUGAAAAGAAUAACAUAAGACCUGGACGACAAAAAUUCAUCCAUUUUCUUUUUCUGUUAAGACGGUCAAUCACGCUGACACUAUAUGCACCCGAAUAAUACCUAGUCACGAAACAGGCGCGUAGCUAGACGCGGGUGCGAAGGAGGCGUGCGCAACCCUUUAGCCUGCCAAAACAUGAGUCAUUUUAAGUAUUUUUUUAUUGAAGGAUCGUCGAAUAUUAUACUUUAUUCAUAUGAUUGAAUCCUCCAAAUCCUGGCUACGCGCAUGCGCAAAGAGUAUAUUUCCCGAUGCCAUCACCUAAUAAUUGAAGUUUCCCAGCAGAUCGUUGUCGCUAUAAUGAAUAUAUUCUUGUACAUGCCAUACUUACAGAGUGACAAGGUUCGUGUAGUUCCGGAGCACUCCAUCAGGUACGCUUGUUAAACUGGCGCCUGUUAGGUCUCUGAAGGCAAACAACAUGAACACUACUUAUUACCUCUACAGUGGAAAGUGCACGGCCAACAUGGCAAAAAUAAUUGUCAUAAUUUGUCGGUAGUCGGUAAUAAUUAUCGGUCUUUGUCGGUAGUCGAUGAAUCUAAUCUCUAAUACUUCGCUAUUGUACUAGAUUUUAUGUAAAGAAAAUAAUUUAACAUUAUUUAGGAUUGAUUAGUAAUUAUUAACUUAUUGAUAAUUAAUUAAUUAUGAAUUAAUAAUUGACUGAAAAGUUGAUGCAACAGGAAAUACACAGUGCAGAUUCUGAAAUAUCCGAAUUUAAGUAGAUUGACGCUGGAAUUAAAGAGUAAAAAUACCGGAAAUAAUAAAACGUCGGUAGUCGGCAAAUAUUUUUUUGUCGCUAGUCACUAGUUUUUUUUCAUGUUUUGUCGGUAGUCAGUUACUUUUUAAGCCGUUUGUCGCUAUUCGGUUAACCCCAUCCAGACCCUGGAAAUAGUGAUAGGGGGAGAGGUAACGGGGUAGAAAGGGGCAGCGUAAUAGUUGCCCUUUAGAACAAAUAAGGGGAUGGCUCGCGCUAGUAUCAACUUUGAAAAUAGAACAAAAAUCACGCACACAGAUACGAACACGAGCGCAACACGGAAUGUCACGCAAUUCCUUGGAUGCCGUCCCACCCAAGAUGACACUAUGCUUAGUACCUGCGGUCCCAAAACACCAAUUAACCCUUCCUGGGGGCAAACCACCGCCUAUUCGGUGGGUGAAUAUUAGGAAAGCCGGAAAAAGCUGCAUGUUCAGACACGGGGGAAAGAAAUAGUUCUUUUUUGCAUAAGGUGUUGUAGAAUGUAACGCGCCUAGAUAACGAGAUAACCAGCGGAGAUUACGGCCGCUUGAUUUCCGAGAUUCGUGUGAAGCCCGAGAUAACGAUUUUGUUUAAUCCUUGUGUGUACCCAGAAACCGGUUACCACUCACUUUGCGGUUAAGAUGUCUUCACGGAUUCUUAAACAAUCGCUAUUGUUAAAGUAGAAAAUGACUUGUGCGUUUAGCAAAAGCACCAAGGGGCAAAAUCCACGCUUUAGAUUGACAAGAAAAUCAGUCCCGCAAAACGUUUGUGACGAGAGCGUUUGACCUGCGUACAAGGUUAUCGCAAUUAUUUCAAAAAUGCCGAAUGCUGAAUUUAUUACCUUGCCUAUCGUCUGUUAUUCAGAUGCCGGAUAAGCGCCUUCAAGGAUGUCCAAGGAAUAUAGGGGUGUAGAACCCCGUUAACUCGAACUGUAAAGGGUUUAGAACCCCUCUAUCUCGAAUUCUAAAGGGGGGGGAUAAACAAACCGAAAUCAUCACCACAAAAAUCCAAAUAGUGAUCUAUUUUAACUAGUGGUUAGAAUGCACGCGUGAAAUUUAGUCAGUAGUUGAGUUUUGUUAGAUUCCAACGGAAUCUAACUCUUUUUUAGUGCAUAAACGGGAAGUUCUAGUUGAAUUGAGUUUAUACAAAGUUCUAUCUGUUGUUUAUCAGAUAUUUUUGUUCACGAAAUUCUGCCAUCUUUUUUUUUUUUUUUUUUUUUUUUACGAUACGAAGGUUUCCACACGCGCUAGUUUGCGUCAUUUGAAAGGUGCCCCAAGACAUGAAUGGUAAAUCUCGGGGAAAAUCUCGAUUGAAUAUUGUCUCAUACUUAGCUGUUUGCUGUCUUUUUGGAGUGCAAAGAACCCGGGGCUAUGUUGCUAUCACAUAAAAAGAGGUCUGAUUUCAAUUUUGUCUCAUACCAGAUUAAACAAUAAAACAUGAACGGAGCGCUGGCUAAGGCUAUGUAUGAUUUGCUUGGGUAUAAUGGGCUGGUUGAGAUGCGCCGUUUUAUGAAUUAGUGAGGACACCUAACUCAAUUUACUUAUUAUUUUAUUUAUUUUUAUGAUAAACCAACAAAAAAGUCGUCUUGGUGAAGACUCAUUACUUCAAGAACAUCACUUUUUGAGUAUUUGCAUAAUUUAUUUUUGUAAAGAAUAUUGGUACUUAACUCCCCAGUCCUAAUUUCUUUAAAAUCCUGCGCUCGCUUCUUUUAAUUGUAGCCCCAAAAUUCGCUAAUUGUCGUUUAGUUAUUUUCUACAGUUAUAUUCCUUUAGAAAAGAAAUGAUAGUGUCCUGUGUGACAGGGCUUUUAUAACAAUGUAGUUUUCCCUUUCCUUUUCACGAUUUAAUGAGGAUAUUUAAUUCUAGUUUGAAUUUGGACUAAAUCAGGAAGUAUGAAAUGAUAAUCUAAAUCUUUUAAAAAGUUUACUAUAUCUUGAAUCGCCUGGGUGGUCGACUCUCUGUACGAAAUACUGUAAUAAUGUUCCCCAUGCCGUGAUAAGACUUGAGUAUAACCAUUAUGUGCCUUGAAUACAAAGCCACGUAAACUUAAAUAAUAACUACAACUUCAAUGCUAUCAACCACAUUUAAUUAGAAGGUCUUAAAAGUUUAGUUCUUGUUGCCGUCCGUUGUUUCCAAUAGUUGUCUCCUCAGCGUGCAUUUCAUAAGUGCGCGGGGUGUGCACGAUAUUCAACUCAAUAAUAUCCUACGCCGUAAUUUGUGGCUUUUCGCUCGUGAAGAGGAACGCCCAGGCUUAGUUGUUUGAUAUAAAAAUAUCUGCGCAGAAGAAAGCAAUAAAACCCGUCUGAUAAGCAGAACAAUAAUUGCUAAAUGGAUUACUAAAUUGAAACAUUUUCAGCCACUUCAAAGAUGUGUCCGUGUUCCUUUUACCUUUUUUUUACGCGCGCCACUUGAUUUAAUUGGAUAAUUUAUAGCUGUUCUGUUUACUGAAUUUUCAGCCGUUAGGUUUGGUGGCCAUUUUCACUUAAGGGAUUUAGCCAAAGACAAGCCAAAAUGUGACAAAAAAUGUCUAGUUCGAGCUCCUUUCGAGAUGAAAAUCAGAUAAUUAGUACCACUGAUAAAGAGUUUUUGGAUCAAGAUAAGCGGCAACUCUAUCGUUUAAAGAAAACAUGGGGAGUGCGAUGACUCAUAAACUGAGGGAGAUUUAUUUUUUUUAUUUCAAAGAAACAUUCCGAUAAUUGUCUCAUUUAUAACAAGGUUUCUUAUGGUUUGGAGGUUUCUUUGAAGGAUUACCGUCCUAUGAGUUCCAUAUUCUAUCAGAUUUACGCGUCACCUUUGGGGUAAAUUUUGUAUUAUAUUUGUUAAUUUCCAUGUUUGGUUUAUUCUAGAAUAUUUCAGAAUUCUAUUUCCGGAUACAGCAAAAUAGCGAGGAAUUUGAGCGGGAGCGAGAAGUUCACGUCCCUACUUCGCGUGCUCUUCAUUAACCGGAAGCGGAAAUAAUCGUGCGGCCACGCGAAUACCUUUUCCACACUUCCCUGCUCACGCACAAUAACAGUUAAACGCGUAAUGAGACAAUUAGUAUCCCAGAAGAAUUAGAUUUGCCGUAGGUUGUGAGUCAUAGAAGCACAAUAAAACCUCUAUUUCAGGCGCGGGUAAUUUUUGAAAAAGCACUGAAAAUGGAUUAUGGCUUAUAGGCUAUUUGUACUAGGUAUUAAUAGAUUAGAUAUUGUUUUGCAUAACAAUAGGUGCCUAGACAUUACAGAAUAUAGCAAAAAGACCUUGUCAUGGCUGCAGAAAGAUUUGAUAGAGGUGCUUUUACGUCCUGUUUGAUCUUGAUCACUAGAUUUCCGUUGUUGUGUUUUACUUACAAAGUGCAUAUCUCCUUGGGUGUUUUUAUUAUUGCAUUUAGUUGAUUCCAUGAGGAAAGUUGGCAUUUUCUUCCGUCGUUGGCCGGUAGUUGCUCGGAGCACAGGAAUGACUCUGUCCCAUUGCAUCUGUAUUUCGCGUUAACUUGUACUGCAUACAGUGUACACGCGCACAAUAUUAGCACUCCAAUCGAAGAAAGUGAACUCAUCUGUAAACCAAACAUUCCAGUAUUAACAACAUACUUCUUCAAAGAACUUGUUUAUCUGUUGUUUCAAAGUCAGCUGUGCACCAAACAAAUACAGCCAAAUACAUUUAUUUGUUAAUUAGUCAAAAGAUAAGAUAGGAAGGCAUCUUUCAUGUUCCGACUUGUAACAAGUGGCAACUUGUUGUUCUGCUAGAGUUUUUGCCGCCGAAACAAUUUCUUGUUUCAAUCCAAUUGCUAUGUAUGCCCACAAUACCCCAUUAUGUAUUUAUAAGCCACAAAAGCUGGACUUCACGAAAAUUAGCCUGUUAAAACAGAGAAUCCUACCGCUUUUUCGAUAAGUGGAAAAUAUGUUAUUACAAGACAUUUUAAUAACCUGCGAAUUUUACAUUUUUGCUUGACAUAUCGAGGCUAAAUCUGAUAAGUACCAAUUUGAUUGGAAGAGAAUAUCCGAGCAAUCACUUUUGGUUAUGGCUUGUGUCAAAUAUUAUCUAACGCAUUUACAGCCAAGCCUUAUUAACCUGAAUAAAACAAAAGCAAAAAGAAAAAUUGAUUGUUCAUUAUCAACUAGAACGGUAAGACUGCCAAAUGUCAUUUCCAGAGCAAGAUACCUAGCGUAAAAAUCACACGUUUGCGUUAAACAGACUCUUGUGGUUUGACAUCCAGAAUGGUUCCCAUUAUGAUUUUUUGGAGUACUUUUGUCCUUAACAAGCGCCCGAACUGAUAAAAAAAUGCCAUCGCAUUGAGCCUAUGUUUUUUCUGGUCAUCCUUCGCCAUCGGCGUUUACAAUUUCACUUGAAUUUUGCGAACUUGCUGAAGGAGUAAUAGUAGAACUUCUCUUGCCCUUCACUAAACUGUUCUACCUACACUGUUCUACAAGUACUCACGACAAUAAGCGAGAAGAAAAAAAUGCCAAAUAAGUCUGUACAUGUUAUUGACAAAAACAGCACUAGAAAAAUAACCAAAUACUCAAAUGUUUUGAUAUGGUCCUAGGCUUUUUUCAAUCUAUUGUGGUUAGACUUUUUGCAUAACAUUUGACAAUUUUCCAAUGAUGCAUAGCGUAAGACUUGAAAACAUUGGGUGAGCCAAGUCUUGAGAGCUGUCAAAUCUUUAUUGGUUUCACGAGUGUAGCUAUCUUGUCUGUUGGCUUUCUUGCACCGAUGGUAUGAGGAAUGGAACCAAUGAUUAACCUGUCGCGUUUAAGUUUCUUAGAGAUCAUUAAUUAUUCCUCGCAACUCUGCGUCCUCCCGUAACCCAUAGUAAGAUUUAAACUUGUCAUGUUUAAAAAAGGACUUUCCGUCUAGAAAACCUAAUCCCAUAAAAUGAUCUCGCGUUUUUAGUGUUUUUGCCUAAUCUCAAUUCGCCUUUCUAAAGUCCGUGUGUCAAACUUGAGUGAAAUCCAAAGAUUUAAAAGAUUCAGAUUCUAGAGAAAUUCUCUCUAUGCUCACUCUCUAUAAUUCAAAUUAAACAAACAUACCUCAAAAUAGACUAGAGACCGUCUCUUUCGUGUGGGUCUUGAGAAGCAAGGCUUGCCUAUCGCGAUAUCGCAAAUGUGACGAAGCUCUGGUUCUGUUCCAAAUCUGUUACCGUCCGUUUGCUAUCUAUUCGUAUGUAGGGGUUCUUGGUGGCGGAAAUGCGAUCUCCUGGGGUGAAAUAGGCCAAGUGAAUAAUGACGACAACAUGCUAGCCCUAAAAAAGGGUGGGUGACGUCACUCUUCUUUACAUGCAGUUUUGACAGAACGCUUUGUGAGUAAUCCAUCGCGCAUUAAGGUUUCAGUAAACUGAUCCGUAUUUUUUUUUUAUUACGCGCCCUAUUCAGACCAGGGGCUGUCACUACUUCAAACUAACUCCUUUGGCUACCCUACUGGUGGGUUUAUUUCAAUUGGAUAUGAAGAAUUUUAUUGAUCGCAUAUUGUGAUAAAAUUAUGGUAAUUGUGAUCAAAAGGUACAAUUGUGAAAUAUUGGGCAACGAAAUUCAUCUCGAUGUGUAGUGAACAGGUGUUUACGACAUAGAAAAUAAAAUAAAAUGGGCUUGAAAUAGCUAUGCGUGUGUUUAAUAAGAAAAAAACGUGUUAUUUUUUUUUAAGAUUACAAAAUUAUGUUUUGAGGUCACUAAAAUGCUUCUUAAAACAUUGAGACAGAUCGCACGUUCCGAGAAUAAAACAUAUCCGCUGAGAUAAAUUUUCAAUUAUUCUUAAACAAUAACAAAAAACGAGAAAACCGGUGGCCAAAGCAGAGCAAUUUACUCAACAAGGCAGUGUAAUCUCCCCAGACAAAUUGAUUUUGUUGCUAUGAUUUUCAUUGUCUGCACCCUUCCCAAACAUCUUGUUUUUCCUAUAUAUGUAUCUCUGGGUUCAGCACGAUUUUAUUUUGAAGCCAGACGAACCUUAGACGCUCUAAGCGCUCUUGUCGUGCCGUCUCCUUUAUGUCGACAUACUUAUAAUAUUGAUACUAAAAAAAAUCCUUUUCCUUGAGCUCAAGAAUAGGAAAUUGGAAAUACCGACACAUUCUGUGGCCAAAGCCAAAGCUAGUGUUUUCUGCUAUUCCGCGCAUGCGCUGCUCAACGCGUCAUUGUGGGCGCGAUCUUUGUGUACAAACUUUGUGAUCAUUGUCUUCGGGAGGUAUUAGCAGGCAAACUGGGGAAAUGAAAACGAAAAAUAUACGAAAACUGUACAAAUGAAAAACACACAUUUCCAGUUGUACAAAUAGCUCUUCAUUUCAAUAAUGCGUCUAGGCGAUCAAACAUUUAAUGUACGCGUUAAAUUUGUAAUUGAAAUUUUAAUAUAUUUUUUUCCUUGAAUGCUAAUAUUGUCAUUCAUCCAGCAAUCAAUCACUUUCACUAAGUAGGCCCUUAUUGGUUUUCCAGUUUUUUAAUAGGAAAUCUCCGAAACGCAAAAGAGCAAAAGCUUAACUUGUUUUUUCCGUAUUUUGUCACUGACACAUCAAGCGUAGGAAUACUUUCAAAUGAAACCGAGACCACUUGUAAAACUUAUUACAUGUUUACAUAUAAAUACUGGUAAUUAGUAAUAGUCAUAUAUAAAGAGACAAAGUUCAAAUACCGUUUUCAUGAAAUUCUUGUUUGGGUCUAAUAGAGUUGUCAUUAGAAAGAAAGUGUGUGCCGACAAAUUAAUGUCUGAGGUUCAAAUUCUCGUGUUUAGCAUUCUAGAGUGAGAUUUCCUAGAUGCCUGCUGUUAGAGGGACGCGGUGAUGUAAUUGAUUAUGGAUCCUUGUUCUCCCGGUAGCCAAUAACACUAAAGGACUCAGGCAAAUACGUUUAUAACAUACGGGCUGAAAAAGCUGAAGCUUUAUAUAGGAAUUGAGGAAAGAGUAGGUAAAGUUAUGGUUGUAAGCUCCGGUUUUAGGCAGUGCCUGAAUCUAUUACUGAAGAAGAACCGGCGCUCAAGCAAAUACCAUAUAUAUAGACUAGGGCGUUUUGGCGCCCUGAUUAUAAAAAGAAAAUCUAAGUAAUUAUUUACACGGCGUACAUUUUUAAUUAAGAAUUAAUUAUUGCAAGGACCACACAAUAUAGAUUAUACUGUCCCAAGCGUUAAGCAUCGCUCUUUGAUAAAGAUGACACACCUAAGUCACACAGCCCUUAUCGCUACCAAAGGGCGCUAGGACAUUCACACAGGGCAUUUGUAUUUACAUAACAAUGUCAUUAAUGUGAGAAUAAAGUUCGUAAAUCGUACUAAUGAGUGUGAAAUUGAGCACAUGGUUUUGAUAGGCGUAUAUCAGUUGACUGAUGUGCGCUAAGGUGCGGGUAAUUACCGAGUUGUCGUUAUACGAGAUAGACGGGAGCGCCCAGACUAAAAGGUGAUACCAGGUUAUGACUUUGUGAGGCGCCCUCGGGCAUGAGUGCGCUGUGAAGCUCUACUUUAUCCAUCAAAUCUCUGUCAGCCGCCUUUUUGCCAUCCUUGUAAAAUCCAAAGUGCGAGAAAGCACCCAUUUCCAUCGGUUGAUUUGGAGAAGCUUUUGAUAAUCUCGAAAGCAUCUAUUUCCAUCUGCUGAUUUAAAAAAAGUUAUUGCUUCAAUAUUUUUAUCUGAAUUUGGUGGAUUAAUCAUGAUACCUUGUUUUUGUCAUUUGGAGAUUUCUUCACAUAAUUUGUCUUGCGAUAUUGAAUGAAAACAAUCACAAAGGUUUGACUGACAUGGGCCUGUUACGGGGAUGAAAAGGAAUGAUAAGGCUUUUGCAAGUAACUGGUCCAUCUAUGCUAAAAGACAUCGUUAAGACUCCGAGGGCUUAUUUUGUUUACGUGUAAGAAGGGGUAUACUAGUAUUUAAGGGAUAGUUUCUCUGUGUUUGAGGUUAGAUAAAUGACCUUAGGGGAGGGGGGGAGGGGUGCAGGGUGCUCGCAUCCCCUGGUCGUCCGAAAAGUGGGCCAUUUCUUAUUGAAGGCUCGUCACGUGCUAUCCUUUCUCCAUAUUCACGAUUGCGCACCCCUCCCCCACCCCACCCCUAGCCGCCAAAAGUACCAUCAUUUUUCCAUAUGAUACCAAGAGAGCAUGUGAUGCUCUAUUGAUGAUACCCAUUACUGAGGCACCCCCCCCCCCCCCCCCACUACCUACACAGACAGACACACCCAGCAAAUCCUGGUUAUUCUGCCGGGAUUGGGGGGUGGGGUAAGCUGUCUGUAUGCGCGCAGAAAAAAGGAGGGGAGGUAGGAAUGUAAUUCAAUCGGGAACACUCUGUUCUAAGCACAUCAUUAUUGUAGCGUCAUGAUCGUAAAGUUUUUCUCUAUUUUUAUGUAUUUUACAGAUAAUACAAUAUAACUGAACAAACUACAUUAACAAACAAAGUCAUUAACAUUAACAACUCGAUAACAAAUAAAGAUGGCCACAAAAGAGUCGCAAUAUCCUAUCGACGAAUACAGCUCUAUCAAGAUUGACAAUAAGGUAAAAGAGAGCGAGGACGUCGACCAAGGUUACGGCAAA